AUGAACAAUUUAUCAAUCGCCGACGAUAGUGCGGAUGCAAUGGGACUGUAUGGCAUUAACUUUUAUAUUAUCGUGUCGGAUCCGCAGAUGCAGAAAAAUUUGUCGGCUUUGACAAUGACAUUUACUGCUUUGGAUCCAGCAAUUCAAGCUGCUGCAAGAUCAAUUUUCACUAUACCUCCGAUUGAAGGCGCUCCAGAAAGAAUUGGGUCUACAUUAACUUCACAACAGCAAUCAUCACCAUCACAAUAG